AUGUUCAAACUACCCAUAGCAAUUCUUUUAUGCGCAAUAAUUUCAUCGAAUGCUUUGCCGGUUUCGAUACAUUGUAACGAAAAUGAGAACCCAUCACAGGGUUACACCUGCUGGUUGAACCUGACCAAAGACACGAUGAAGACGAUCGCAAAAAUGCCAUUGCCUAUCUCCGAAGAUUACCAGGAAGCCUUCAAAAGAAACGCGGAACUCAGCAGCGCCUUGUCCUCAUUAUACGGUUACGGGAAACGCAAUCCCGAACUGUCCAGCGCCUUGAUGAGCUACCUAAACCGAGAUAACAUCAGGCAUUGA